UUUUAUUUUUAUAUUUCACUUUUCCCUCUCUCUUCCCUCUCUCUUCCCUUUCAUUUCUCUAUACACUUUCUUUAAAUUAUGGGUAAUCAAUCUAGUAAAGAUAGCCUAAUUGAAAGCAUAAAUCAAAGACGCAUUCGUCCUUUGCAUAAAAGUAAUAACAUCUUUGAUGAACAACAAUCAUUUGAAAGAAGGUCAAGAAUGUUAUCAAAGAAAAAGAGUGCCAUUGCUGUUACUCCAGUCAGACAUCAACUUGUUUUGAAUGAUCAUGUCUCCCCUCUUGUUUCGCUUUCAAGCGCUAGUUCUUUUGGUUCAAGAAACCCUAAAAGAAGAAUGUCAUCGAACUCUGUCACAAGUGAGGAAGUUGAACCCAAUACACCUACCUCAAACAAUCAUUCAAGAUCAUCUUAUGACGAAGCAAAUCAUUCUUCUAUGAAUGAACAUAAUCUUACAAAAAGACUUUCUAGUUCAUUACCUGUUAAAUAUUCUGACAACAUAGUGAUUGAGACUACGAAUCCAACUGCAAAAAUCAAUCGUCAAACACCCUUUGCAGAAAAAGCUUGGGUUUGUGAAUAUGGUGCAGAAAAAGAACGCGACAGACAAACAAGACAGCAUUAUGUCCUGAAACAAGUUUUUCAAGGAAAUAUUCAUCUUGAACUGAAUGAACCCUCAAGAAUUUUAGACAGCGCUUGUGGAGUAGGCUUAUGGACGCUUGAAAUGGCUCACGAUUACCCAAAAUGUCAAGUGAUUGGUAUUGAUGUUGUACCUCCUUCCGAAAAGGAGGGCUGGAAUUUAUCUGCCAAAAUUAAUCAUGAAUUUGGAAAGUCUAAUAAUAACAACAAUGUCAAGUUUCAGUAUGGUGAUUUGUUGCAGCCAGAUUUGAUGUUUCCUGAUAACCAUUUUGAUCUUGUCUAUCAAAGAGAUGUUGCCACUGUCUUACCUUUCAAGUCUUGGCCAAAUUUGAUUGAUGAGUUCUUUCGAAUCACAAAGUCUGGAGGGCAGAUAGAACUUGUCGAAUACGAUUUAUUGUUCAGCAACCCAGGUCCUGUUCUCACGCAAGUCAAUGAAUGGUAUCGGUCCGCAGCAGCUACAAUCGGUGUAAACCCAGAUUAUACUGCUUACUUGAGUGAAUUCUUGAAAGAAGCAGGAUUUGUAGAUGUCGAAGUCAAGCUAGUUGAUAUAGCGAUUGGCGAAUGGCCAGAAGGUGAAUUGAAAAAACAGCACGGUUACUUAUACAAAGAACAAAUGAGAGCACUAUUCAAAUCCAUGAAACGUUGGUGGUGUUCAGAGAUUAAAGUAACUCAAGAAGAAUACGAUCGUGUUUGCGCAGAAGCCUUGGAUGAGUUUGAGGCAUAUCAAAGUUCUGCUCAGUGGAAGAUAUUUACCGCAAGAAAACCUUAACCCAUCAUAUUAUAAUGUAACAUCAUUCCUUUCUUUUCUGUUGUAUACCCCCUACUUAUCAUUCUUUAACCAUCUUUCUUUUUUUUUAUACAGUCGUCAUUAACUGUUUACUACUCCCAAACCAUUCAUUUCAAGCACACACACACACACACACACACACACACACACACACACACACACACACACACACACACACACACACACACACACACACACACACACACAC